AUAAGCCUGGAGAAGUGUGCAGCUGCUCCACAGCAGGCUCUCUGUGUCUGAGUUGAUGGAGAGAGGCAGGGAGGGAGGGCUGAAAGGGACUUCCAGCCCACCGCCGACUUCUCCGGAGUUUUCUGAGCUCGGUGGGAGAGAUGAGGAGCUGCUCUCUCCUUCAUGACGGAGUGAAGACGAAAGAAAAUCAACGGAGAAUGGAGGAAAGACAUAGCCUCUCCGUUUUCACGGCCAUGAAAUGUUCGUCUUUUGACGCUCGUUUUACUUUCAACUAAUUACGAAGUCCGAGCGUCCAGCGCUGAAGACACCAGACUCUUCUCUGCAAUGACCUUCGGUGACAGCAACCUUGGUGAUUUGAAGAUGAAUGUCAUACUCCGUCACUACAACCACACUGGAAAGCUGAACCACCGGCUGCUGAGCUCUGACACAAACUCUGGAACUUUGGAUAUCAAAAUCAUCGUCUUCCUCAUCAUUUGCAGCUUCAUCGUUCUGGAGAACCUCACCGUCCUGGUGGCCAUAUGGAGGAACCACAGGUUCCACAACCGGAUGUACUUCUUCAUUGGGAACCUGGCACUGUGUGACCUGCUGGCUGGAGUCUCCUACAUGGUCAACUUGCUCCUCUCUGGGGAUAAGACGUUUGAUCUCUCACCGACUCUGUGGUUUAUUAGAGAGGGCAGCACAUUUGUAGCACUCAGUGCCUCCAUCUUCAGUCUCUUGGCCAUCGCCAUAGAGAGACACCUGACUAUGAUCAAAAUGAGACCUUAUGAUGCCAACAAGAACUACAGAGUGUUUCUGCUUAUAGGGACCUGCUGGCUGAUUGCUGUGAUCUUGGGAGCUUUACCCAUCUUAGGUUGGAACUGCAUUGACAACCUCCCAGACUGUUCCACUGUCCUGCCUCUGUACAGCAAGAAAUACGUAGCUUUCNGCUGA